AUGGAACCGCCGAAGCCAGGAACGAACCAAGGAUCUCAGAUUCCGCACGGAUCAGGAUCGGCGCGCACCUUUCCGUCGUCCGGUAGCGCGAAAAAGUCCGUGCAUUGGAGCCCCGAAUUGGUAACGGAAUCCACCUUCGUGUCUUCACCUCAGGAAUCGCGCUUCAAUCCACGCGCCUAUUUCUCUCCCUCUUUCUCUUCUCCUCCUUCAUCGACUUCAUCGCAAUCCGCGACCACAGUAACCUUCUUUGAGACGGUGGUGACCGUUAGGAACGUGCUUGGAAGAUGGGGAAAGAAGGUUGGGGAAGCAACUCGGAGAGCUGAGAGUCUCGCCGGAAACACGUGGCAGCACUUGAAAACAAGCCCCAGUUUUGCUGAAGCUGCUAUGGGAAGAAUUGCUCAGGGAACAAAGGUCCUGGCAGAAGGUGGAUAUGAGAAGAUUUUUCUGCAUACAUUUGAGACAGUUCCUGAGGAACGGCUUCUGAAUUCUUUUGCAUGUUAUCUAUCAACAUCAGCUGGUCCAAUAAUGGGAGUUUUGUAUAUCUCUACUGUAAAGAUUGCAUAUGCUAGUGAUAAUCCUAUUUCCUAUCAAUCUGAUGAUAACCGAACCGAAUGGAGCUAUUAUAAGGUAGCUAUUCCACUAUACGAGCUAAAAGCAGUGAAUCCUUCGUCAAACACAGCCAAUCCUGCUGAGAAGUACAUCCAGGUGAUAUCUGUGGACAACCAUGAAUUUUGGUUUAUGGGGUUCUUGAACUAUGAAGGUGCUGUGGAAUGCCUACAAGAAGCUUUUCUAUCUGCCAAAUCCUUACGAUUUGAAGCAUAG